AUGACUAUAGUAAAAGCUAUGACACGAUUGUUGUGGGGAAUCAAAAUAGAACCAGUAAAAUCCCUAUUGGUGGUGGUGAUGGUGGUGGCGGAAGUUAACAGUGAAUUUCGAGUCCAGGUAAGAGAUUAUAAUGCUAAAAAUGGCACCAUCAAAUGGCAUUCAAUCAGAAGGCAAAAACGUGAAUGGAUCAAGUUCGCUGCAGCCUGUCGUGAAGGUGAAGACAACUCAAAGAGAAAUCCAAUCGCCAAAAUUCACUCAGAUUGUGCUGCAAAUCAAAAAGUUACAUAUCGAAUCUCUGGAGUAGGAAUUGAUCAGCCACCUUAUGGAGUCUUUAUUAUUAAUGAAAAAACUGGUGAAAUUAAUAUAACAUCCAUAGUUGAUCGAGAGGUCACUCCUUUUUUCAUUAUCUAUUGUCGGGCUGUGAAUUCGAUGGGCCAAGAUUUGGAGAGGCCGCUUGAACUCAGAGUCAGGGUUUUGGAUAUAAAUGACAAUCCUCCAAUAUUUUCUAUGACAACAUUUCUAGGACAAAUAGAAGAAAACUCUAAUGCAAAUACACUGGUGAUGAUAGUAAAUGCUACAGAUGCAGAUGAACCAAAUAAUUUGAACUCAAAAAUAGCCUUCAAGAUUAUAAGACAAGAACCUUCUGACUCACCCAUGUUUAUUAUCAACAGAUACACUGGAGAAAUUCGAACAAUGAAUAAUUUUCUAGACAGAGAGGAAUACAGCCAGUAUUCUCUCGCUAUAAGAGGCUCAGACAGAGAUGGUGGGAUUGACGGCAUGUCAGCAGAAAGCGAAUGCAGCAUUAGAAUACUUGAUGUCAAUGAUAACAUCCCAUACUUGGAACAAUCUUCAUAUUCCGUAAGUAUCGAUGAAAAUACUCUGCAUUCAGAACUGCUCCAGAUAAGAAUAAUUGAUUUGGAUGAGGAGUACUCAGCAAACUGGAUAGCAGCUCCUUUCUUCAUCUCUGGAAACGAAGGAGGAUGGUUUGAAAUAGAAAUGAAUGAAAGAACAAAUGUGGGAAUUUUAAAGGUUGUUAAGCCCCUAGAUUAUGAAGCUGCACAGAAUCUUCAACUUAGCAUUGGUGUUAGAAACAAAGCCGAAUUCCAUCAUUCAAUUAUGUCUCAAUAUAAACUCACAGCAACUGCAAUCUCAGUAACAGUGGGCAACUUAAUAGAAGGUUCAGUGUUCCGUCCCGGUUCAAAGACAUAUGUCGUAACUGGAAAUAUGGGAAAAAAUUAUAAAGUGGGAGAGUUCAUAGCUACUGAUUUGGACACAGGUCUACCUUCAACAACUGUCAGAUAUGUAAUGGGAACUAAUCCAGGUAACCUGCUAGCUAUUGAUUCAAGAACAGGAAUACUUACUUUGGUAAAUAAAGUUACCAGGGAACAAUAUCAAAUGCUUGGGGGAAGAUACCAAGGAACAAUUCUAUCUAUAGAUGAUGCUUCUCAAAGAACUUGUACUGGUACAGUUGUUAUUGAAUUUGAUGAUUCUACUAUUGGUGGAGAUGGAGAUAAAGCAGGUGAUGGCACCAGUACAAGUACAGGAACUGGUACUGAUUCUGGAACAGGUACCAGUACAAUCACAGAUGAAGACUAUACUUCCACGGACUCUACCAACACAUAUGAACCCCAUAUCAUAGACGAAAACCCAGCAGGACGAAAUCCUUCAGAUAAUGUACAUUUUGGUCCUGCUGGUAUUGGACUACUCAUCAUGGGAUUCUUGGUCUUAGGAUUGGUUCCAUUUUUGCUGAUGUGUUGUGAUUGUGGAGGUGCCCCUGGUGUUGGAGCUGGUUUUGAACCGGUUCCAGAAUGUUCAGAUGGAGCGAUUCACACAUGGGCAGUAGAAGGACCACAGCCCGAACUCAGAGACUUGACCACCAUCUGUGUGCCUCAGGUAUUACCUGAUAAUGCAAACUUAAUUGAAUGCAUUGACAAUACAGGAGUUUAUACAAAUGAGUAUUGUGGCAGAGAAAUGCAAGAUCUGGGAGGAGGAGAAAGAGCAUCAGGAUUUGAAGUAGCAAAUGGAGUUAAAACAUCUGGAAUGCCUGAGAUCUGCCAAGAAUAUUCUGGAACAUUAAGAAGAAAUUCUAUGAGGGAAUGUAGAGAAGGAGGUCUGAAUAUGAACUUCAUGGAGAGUUACUUCUGUCAGAAAGCAUAUGCUUAUGCAGAUGAAGAGGAAGGCCGCCCAUCCAAUGACUGUUUGCUCAUAUAUGAUAUUGAAGGUAUAGGUUCCCCUGCUGGCUCUGUGGGUUGUUGUAGCUUCAUUGGAGAAGACCUGGAUGACAGUUUCUUGGAUACACUGGGGCCUAAAUUCAAGAGGUUGGCAGAUAUCAGUCUGGGCAAAGAAGUUGAAUCCUAUCCAGACUUUGAUCCCUCAUGGCCACCUGAGAGUACAGAACCAGUUUGCCCUCAGCAGGGAUUAGAACCCAUUGGACACCCACCACAUUUUGGCACUACCACAGUGAUUUCUGAGAGCACCUAUCCCUCGGGACCUGGGGUACAGCAUCCUAUGCCUAUUCCUGACCCUCUGGGCUAUGGUAAUGUCACUGUGACGGAGUCGUACACCACCUCUGGUACUCUGAAGCCCUCUGUCCACAUUCAUGAUAAUCGACAUGCAUCAAAUGUGUUGGUGACAGAGAGGGUGGUUGGACCAAUCUCUGGGGCUGAUUUCCAUGGCAUGUUAGAUAUGCCUGACCUGAGAGAUGGAUCAAAUGUUAUUGUGACAGAAAGGGUAAUAGCACCAGGUUCAAGUCUGCCCACUUCCUUGACCAUCACUGAUCCUAGAGAGUCUUCAAAUAUGGUAGUUACUGAAAGAGUAAUCAGACCAACUUCUGGCAUGAUGGGCACUCUGGGGAUGCACCCUGAGUUAUCCAGUGCCCACAAUGUGCUUGUGACAGAGAGGGUUGUUUCUGGUGCUGGCAUAGCUGGGAUUAGUGGAGGCAGUAGUGGCGGUGGGGGCCUGAGUGGUGGUAACAUCGGUCUAAGCAGCCUGGGUGGAGGUGGAGGCCUGAGUAGCAGCAUGGGGGGGUCAGCCACUAUUAGCCACAUGCGGGGCUCCUCUGACCAUCACUUUACCCAGACCCUAGGGUCUGCCUCCCCUAGUACAGCUAGAAGCAAGAUCACAAAGUACAGCACAGUACAAUAUACCAAGUAG